AUGCAUAUAGGCUCAUUUAUCUCAUUGAAAGAAAAACUUGAUUUUGUUAUGAAUAUUCGUGAUUAUUCUUAUGGCUUUUUAUGUAUAAAUUGCUACAUAUUUAAAUUAUUGGUUAUAUACAGAGCUAAGAAUAUUGGAAAACCAUACGAUUAUGUGGAAACAUUCUAUAAUAACAUUAUAGCAAAUGAUUUGUAUUAUCACCUAACUUUAAAUAAGUACCAACUGAAUAUAAAAAGUAUGGAUGAUGUAGUUUUUAAUAACAUUCAAUUUUUAUACAAUUUGUAUGAUUAUAUGUAUAAAUAUUAUAGUUUGAAAUUUUCAGGGACAAACGAUUGCGAUCAUGCUAAUAAAUGCUAUGCAUUAUAUAAAAGCCGUAUAAGUGAAUGUCACAGUAGUAAUGAAAAUGCUUUUUAUAAGGCUAUACGAAUGUUUCAGGAAGCAUAUGAAACUUAUAUGUUUGAUUCAAUGUGCGAUAAUAUACCAAAGUCAUUAAAAACAUAUCUAAUAGAAAAUAAAGCAAGUAUUCUAUCAGUAAAUCCAAUAAAUGAAAAAUCUGGACAAUCAGAUUUAAUAAAAAUAUAUUAUCUAGACAAUAGUAUUCAUUAUUCUAAAUCUAGAUCUAUACUAUCUAUAAUAGGACUACCUAUUAUUGCAAUAUUCGGAAUAGUUUUCACUUUUACAAUUUUCAUCCAGGUUAUAAAUUCAAUGUAUGAAAAAAUAUAA